AUGAACGACUGGAUCUUUUUUCGUCUGUUCCAGGCAGACGCCGCAAAAUCCAACAGGAAUCAAUACUUUUUUAUUGCCCGUAAGCACACAAAAUCCCAGCUCUUGAAAACAAGUCAAUUACUGCGCCCCAAAACAAAUGUUGACAGCAUGAACAAGACGUCCGCAAAACAGACGUCCGUAUCCUCAAGGCCCACGCGGGGACCGUCCCCAUUUUAUUCAAAAGAUGGGCUGUCCGGCAGCUCAUCUCGCAUCCACAUGCAUGCGCCCCUGCGCAUCCCACCAUCCGCUUUCGAGAUGGAAAAGAGAGAUGGCGACGAAUCAGAAGGAGAAAGUGGCACAAGGCCGCAGCGCCACAUGCCGUUUCGACACAGGGCUGGGCCAGCUUGGGCUGAUCCUUGUGGAGGGCCAAGCGCGUUCGGUGGGCUCGAGGCCUCCUGCAGCUGGCAGCGGCUGAAUUGGAGGCCGCAGCUGUGCGCAUAUCUCCUGGCUCCCCGACAGCGCGUCCUCCUCGUCCCCAUCGCUAUCCUCCUCUUUCUUAUCAACGGAAUCUGA